GCGUUAUUCACCCAGGAAGGGGGUGGUGUCACGAAGCCGGCACCCAGCCUCUCUUAGCCACUGGGAAAGAGGGAAUUAAUGUAAUUUGUCCCACUGUGCUAUUCAGAUGACUGCCUGUGAUUCGUCCUCUUUCAACCCGCCUGCAACAGGAGGCUUUCAGCUUGAAGGAGGAGACAGCCCAUCUAUCUAGCAAAAGAGCACAGAUCGUGACCUCCUCAGAGUUCCUGGCGGGUCUAUAACCAACGUUUGUUAAAAGGAUCAUACGCUGGAUCAAGGUGUCACAACUCUACAGUUCUUACAGCUUCUUCAGCAACUCAAGAUCAUAAUGCUAGUCAUGGAUGAAAAGACUAGAUGUUGAGAAGAGUCAGCCAGAGUGACAGACAGAACUUUUCUUUCACCUGGGAAGAUUUUCAAAGUCAUAUAUGAAGGAGACACAAGUGAGUAAGAGCAAAGAAUAUACUGCUCUUAUUUGUGCUACAUCUUUCCAGUAAGAAUUCUUAAAGAAACAGAGUUUGGAAUUUGAUGACCCUUCUACAAAUCCAAUUUUCCUUGCUUAGUAGCAAAAAGCAUCUUGUGGCUCCAUGGCUAUGAUCUUAAAAACUAAACAGAAAUUAAGAAAAAGGUCUUUAGCUCACUGUUUAAUAUGGUUUCAUCAUCAAACAUCCAGCAAGGUAUGGUAAACUUCAAAAGACUGUCCUAAAGAGAGGCUUUAGAAUUGCUUUGGCAUCAUUUAUGAGAACAAGAAAUGCCUAUGUUUUUACCUGGAGCAAACAUGAAAGAAGAAAUGUGGAUUUUUGAAUAUGUUCCUUAGUCUAGUGUUUUGCUCCCUCCUCUGCAUUUAUAAAGCAAGACUAGUAUUUCCAAUUAGUUUCUAUCUACAAUGUGGAAAUAAAGCUUCUCCCAACAUUAUCAAAUAUUUGCUCUUGGCUCUUUCAAAGAAAGGGCAGAGAGAAUCACAAACACACUGGAUGAACAUUAACCAGUUUUGAUAAUGGGACUGACCUCUGAGAACAUCUCUGCCCCUGACUGCUUAAAUUGCACCCAGACUGUGGAGCAAGUAAAUAUUUCCAAGGCCAUAUUAUUAGGAGUCAUCUUUGGAGGGCUGAUUGUUUUUGGCGUCCUGGGCAACAUUGUGGUUAUCCUUUCAGUAGCAUGUCACAAACAUCUGCAAAGUGUAACCCAUUAUUACAUUAUCAACUUGGCUGUGGCCGAUCUCCUCUUGACUUCUAUUGUCCUCCCCUUUUCUGCUAUUUUUGAGAUCCUGGGCUACUGGGUUUUUGGGAGGAUCUUCUGCAACAUCUGGGCAGCUGUUGAUGUUCUAUGCUGCACAGCUUCCAUCAUGAGCCUUUGUGUCAUCUCUAUAGACCGAUAUAUUGGAGUGAGUUACCCACUGAGAUAUCCAGCCAUAGUGACAGAAAAGAGAGGUCUCUUGGCUCUGCUGUGUGUGUGGGCAUUAUCGCUCAUGAUAUCCAUAGGUCCCCUCUUUGGCUGGAGACAGCCAGAUCCAGAAGAUGAAAAUAUCUGUAAGAUCAACACUGACCCAAGUUAUGUAUUGUUUUCUGCCCUUGGGUCCUUCUAUCUCCCCCUGAUCAUCAUACUGGUGAUGUAUUGCCGGGUGUAUGUGGUAGCCAAAAGGGAAAGCAAAGGAUUGUCAUGUGGCCUGAAGACUGAGAAGUCCCAUUCAGAAGAAGUGACUCUCCGCAUUCACCAUAAGAACAACACUGAAGCUGCGAGAGCUACUCCUAGCACUAAGCACAAAUCCAAUUUCUCUGUGAGGCUUCUAAAGUUCUCUCGGGAGAAGAAAGCAGCUAAGAGCUUGGGAAUCGUUGUGGGAUGUUUCAUCCUCUGUUGGCUUCCUUUCUUUUUAAUCAUGCCAAUUGGUUCGUUCUUUCCUGACAGCAAGGCCUCAGACACCAUUUUUAAAAUUGCUUUUUGGCUUGGAUAUCUCAACAGCUGCAUCAACCCUAUCAUUUAUCCUUGUUCGAGUCAAGAGUUUAAAAAAGCAUUCCAAAAUGUUCUAAGAGCCCAGUGUCUCCCAAGGAGGUAUUCAUCCAACAAAUAUUCCCUUAGCUUCACCCUCAGUCACCCAAGCAACCACGUUGCUGAAGCUCCAAAAGAUAUUGUCCGUAUACCUGUUGGUUCUGGAGAAAACUUCUAUAGGAUUUCCAAAUCGGAUGGUGUGUGUGAAUGGAAACUUUUUUCAGCCGUGCAAAGCAUGUCGACCAAGAGCAGUGCUCUGAAAGAGAGGUCCAGCUGUUCUACAGCCAAAGUGAAGAGCAAAGGGUUCCUGAGAGAGUGCUGCUGUGCAAACGCAUUAGGGAAAAAGCCAAAGGACCACCAAGUACCCACUAUUAAAAUACAUACUGUCUCCAUCAAUGAAAAUGGAGAGGAGGUUUAAAGACCUUUCUUCAUUCUGAUGGGAGUGCUCCCGUUUUCCAGCGUGUUUUCACAGUUUUCUGUGCUGGCAGUUUGAUCACAAAAGGUCCGGGUUUUUAAUGGGUCAAGGCAGAAGGGCAAAGCAGGUGAGCCUCUGUAGAAAUAGAAACCAUGGGAAGAUUUCCAUCCAAGGGGAUUGUUGUCCCGUUGGAUUCUGUGGGAAGUAGAAAUGGGGUCCAUGUGGGGCUGGACUCCUUCACGUUAUUCUGAUUUGAUUUCUUACUCUUUUAAAGGUUUUGUUGUAUCAUGUUAUUUCAAUUCAAAUUAUCUAGCCCUUCAUUUCGUAACGAUCAGUGGAGUAAAAACAUCCUUGUAAUAUAUCCUACAAUAGAGACCGUUAAUAUAUGUUCCAGCUUUCAUUGCAAGUACUUUUUUUUAGCCGUCAGCUUUUUACUGCAGGAUAACUCUGCAUUGUGAAGAUAAAUUCAACAAGGCUGCAGUGUAAGCUAAUGGAGAAAUUUGGGAGGGGGGCGGGAUAGGGCAUGAAGGUUUUAAACUUGACUCUCAUCUUUUUAUUAACGGAAUCGUUGUGGUCCUGUGAAAUUGUGAGUACCAUAAAGACUCAACGAAUACAAUAGGAGGCUCACAUCUAAGCCACAACUCCAGUCUGUUGGGGUGGGGUGGGGUGAGCAAACCUUUGAGAUCCAGGGGCACACAAUGUCUUAUGGGGGGAUGAGAGGCACUGUGGGUGGACGAUGAUGCAAGAAGGCAGAGCCAGAAUUUUUUUAUUUUUCUUGUUUUGUAUCCAGAGGAGUUGGGAGAUUUUUAUUUUAUAAAUUAAGCCUUUUAUGGAUUAACUGUGUGCGUGUUUGUUUCCAUCCCAAAAUGUCCAGAAAGCAUGCCACCAAUUUUUGGCAAGUAUGAUCAGAUUCCAAGGGCUGAAAAGAAAAGCGGGGGGGGGGGGGGACAUCCAGGCAGUAGGAAACCCCAGGGCUUCUGUUCUAGAGCUUAUUCUCUGUUCUAGAGCUUAUCACAAAUCAUUUUGAAUCUCAAGCUCUUGUCAGAGAAGAAAAAGCAGAAAUACCAUCUCUGUAGUGAAUUGGCAUCUCUUGUAUAACCAUUAUGUAGUGAUGUGAAUGCCACCGCUCUCUAGAUCAGUGUUCCUCAACCUUGUCAACUUUAAGAUGGGUGGACUUCAAUUCCCAGUUGGUCCACCCAUCUUAAAGUUGACAAGUUUGAGGAACACUGCUCUAGAUUAAGACAGUGGAACUGUCAUGGCUGCAUGUGGAAAUGUCAUACAGGCAGCAAAUCUCACAAUCAGCCCAGCUGUUGUUGUUAUAAAAGUCAUACAGAUAUCAUCAAGAAAAGCCACUUUCCACUUUCUGGUGCCAUACAGUCAGUCUCCAACCCAGCCCUCUAUGCAUUUUUAAGAACUGGUUCCUUACAAUGAAAGAAGAACUAAGAAACAAAGACAUCUCGGUGUAGUUCUGAGAUCUGGGCAGCUGUCUUGCAGGAAAAUCAGGUUUAUAGAGAAGGAUAAGGAUAGCAUGUAACUCCCCAUGGACUCUGUAGAACAUUAUACACAAUCAUGCAUCUUGCUAAAAAUGGGACACUGUUGCCCUUGAUGGGCUAUAUCCCUGCUGCUCUCUGCCCUCACAUAAUUCAAAUGAUUUAACUCCCCCUUCCUGAAAUAUAUAACUCUUCAUUUGAAAUGCUUACCACUAGGGCAGGGUUGCUCA